UUUUUUUUUUUUUUAAAUACUGUUCUGGAGAAUUCAAAGCAAAACAAAGAAACUGCCUCCUUUGGGGUUGUCAGUGAGAAAGGACGAGUUGUGCAACUGUCUUGGGAUUUGGAAAAAGACAAGGGGGUGGGAAUCAGAAGAAGGUGCAAAGCCACAAAGUACCUUUCUGCAUCUAAGAUGGUGAAGAAAGGAGUGAGGAAGAGAACAAACUAACUACCGUGAAGUCUCGAACCAGGUUGGGGAGUGUGUGUGUAUAUGGGGGGUAGGGUGGGGAAAAGAAAAAGGAAAGAGAAUUAACCACAGCAAACCCCCCCCAAAAAAAAAAAAAAAAUCCCAAACCAACAGCUCUUUUUUCUGAGGGAGGACUCGAAGGAUUAAAAGGGAGCAACUUCUGAGGCGAUUUGUCCCCUGAGUUAUGGAUGUUGGUGCACUUACUUCAGGCCAGAUCAGAGCUCAGAGGGAUCUAACCAGAAGCAGCAACCACCGGCUCUCCACUUGCCUUUUACAAGGUUUUACCCUUCCAGUAUGUUUCAUUUGAUAAGACAUUUUCCAGCGCCCAGAGUUUCAGUACAAUGUGCAAAUGGAUACUGACAAAUGGUGCCUCAGCCUUUUCCCACCUGCCUUGUUGCUGCUUGCUGCUGCUCUUCUUGGUGUCUUCUGUGCCUGUCACCUGCCAUGACCUCGGCCAGGACAUGCUGUCCCCGGAGGCCACCAACUCUUCUUCAUCAUCCUCCUCCUUCCCCUCGUCCUUCUCCUCUCCUUCCAGUGCGGGGAGACACGUGCGGAGCUACAAUCACCUCCAAGGAGACGUGCGCAAGAGGAAGCUCUACUCUUACAACAAGUACUUUCUCAAGAUCGAGAAGAACGGCAAGGUCAGCGGCACCAAGAAGGAGAACUGCCCCUUCAGCAUACUGGAGAUAACAUCUGUAGAAAUUGGAGUUGUGGCAGUCAAGUCCAUUAAGAGCAACUAUUAUUUAGCCAUGAACAAGAAAGGAAAAGUCUAUGGUUCUAAGGAGUUUAACAGUGAUUGCAAAUUGAAGGAAAGGAUAGAAGAAAAUGGAUAUAACACAUAUGCAUCCUUAAAUUGGAAGCACAAUGGAAGGCAAAUGUUUGUGGCCCUGAAUGGAAGGGGAGCCACAAAGAGAGGACAGAAAACAAGAAGAAAAAACACUUCAGCUCACUUUCUUCCAAUGGUAGUAAUGUCAUAGACAAAGGAACUAUUUUAUUGAUGCAGUUGAACCAAAGGCUCUUACGUCAAGAAUAUUCGGUAAUCCUCUUAAAGAGUAAAUGCAAAUAAUAGUGCACACAUCUGCUUGUUUGAAAAGAGAGCAGAGGAAGCCUUUGAAGGUUUUGUACUUAUUGCUGGCACAAGAAAUACUUUUAUUUAGUUUGGUGUCAUAUCUUAUAAUCAAGAUAUAAGCUGGAUCAAAUGGGAUGGAAGUUAUUGCCAGUGUGAACUUUUUUUUUUUUUUUUUUUAUCUCUGCAACACAACAUAGGGGAUAUGAGACAAUCUGUUGAAUGAUCUUCAUGGGGAAAGUUAUUUAUGGAAUACUAACUCAUAUCAAAGACCUUAAUUGCUCGUUCAAGCCUAAUGAUACAAUGAACAGUUAGACACACAAGCAUUUACUGGAAGCACUUGGGUCAUAUGCACAAAUAAUGACAUUUCUGGAGAAGCCUUGUGGAAGAAUGGGUAGAAUUAAGGAAUAUAAACAAAGUAGUGUAAAAUUGUUCUAACAAAACGAAUAGUAUGGUUUGCUUGUAUGUUCUAAAUUCAUUUCUUUUUAUUUCUCUCUAAGUUAUUUAUUUAAUAGGAUGUUAAAUAUCUUUUUGAUUUGAAAUGUUUUCCUCAUUUCCUUCUUUGUUAUUUUCCCUUUUUCUCACUAAUUUACACAGAGGUUGAUAGGUUAAAAUGUCAAAACCUCAAAAGUAUUCUGAGAAUAGGUAUUAGACAAGGCUAUAAAGGCAGAAUUUAAUGUGUAUAAUCCAUUUUUUUUCCUAAACUGUCUUGCACUUAAGCAAAAGACCAAACAAGCAGUGCUUGGAUUUAUGAUAUUGGGUGUCUUUAUGUUGGACAAUUUUUUUUACUUAUCAGCACUCAAGAACAAACUUCAAGAAAUACUUUGUUGAAGGGGUCUUUCUGCUAUUUUGAAACUGAGAGAAGGAGCCACAUCCAUACUCGGUUGUCAGUGCAUCUGUGUGUAUAUCCAUUGGAUUUUUAUUUCAAUUUGGAACUAAGAUCUAAUGCAUUGCAAUCAGUGUAAUAUUCUGCAACAAGCAUUGGGCUGGAACCUAGAUGUGGAUAGCCUUGUUAAAGUCACUGAGAUUGCAAAUGUUAAAAUUAAACAGCAUGUAAUUCCCAAGUGUAAAAUUUGACCUCUGAAAGGUAAGUAAGAAGGCAACACAGUCCUGUACUCCUUAUUCAAUUAAUACUCUCAUUCAGCAUGUUUGUUCUUGUUAUCAACUUGUAGAAUCACAGGCAUAUAGUGGGAGCAAUACCUAAGUAAGGACUGAGAGAAAGGAGAUCCAAAAUCAUGCUCAUGCAUUUAUCAGAGAUUAUUACUCACAUGUAUAUUAUAUAUAAGAGACAACCAAGAAGCUGUGCUGGUAUCCAGCUUUAGCAUGCCUUCCAUAUCCAGCAUAGUAACUGAAGGCUCAAAAUACAUAAUAUCCAGCACAUUUUUAUGAAGUGUUACUAGUCCCAUGGCUUAACUUCAGCAAAUACAGUAUAAUAAAGUUAAGCAUAAUAUGAAGUCUGUUCAAUUAAAGGUACAUAAGGUUUGUUUUAUGUUUUGCUUUAUUCUGUAAUUUUAGAGAGCUCUGGAUAGCUCAUCAGUGUAACCAUAUCAAGAUUCAUUUUGUUAGAGCAGAUAAAUAGAAAGCAGUAAAUCAAACAAUUUGUACCACUGUUUUCACAUUGUAUUCCACUAAAUAAAUAAAUAAGCCUUUGCAGUGUCUUUAGUAAGAAACAAAAGUAGUAUAAUAUUAUUUUGCUCUAAAUACUCUAAGUGAUAACUAUGAGAUUAUAUUGAUGCUGCAGUUUUAUCUUCAAUAUUUCUUGUUGUGAAAAAGUUGGUUUUAUUUUUAUUGUUUGGAGACUGUAUUUUGGUACAAAGGAGGCCUUCCUUAAUGUGUCUUUUUGAGAAUGUUUAACCUCUAUAAAGGCUGGUGGUGUUGGAAUCUUCUAUAACUUAUUUAAGUCAAUGUUUAACCAGCACAUCAAUCUUAAUCUGUUAUUUAAAUAUUAGCUGUUUUUUAAAAAAAGCAAAAAAUAAUAGCUUUCCCAUGAAACACAAAACGGUCAGAUUUUAUUUCUUGUCCUUAAAUAAAGUGAACUGUUUUAAAACAGAAAUUCACUUAGAGACAACAUUUUAGCUGAUAGCGGACAUUAUAUUUCAUGUAACUUUAUCUCCAGGUUUCUUCUUCACAAGUGAGAAUUUUCUAGAAAGGGAAAUAAGAAUUUCAGAUUUUAAAUGUAAUUGUAGGUCUCAGAAAAUCUAACUACCAUGGUGAAAGCAGGUUUCUGUUGCUUAAAUUUGUAACUGAUAAUUAAAACUGACACAACAUAAUGGACAACUCACAGUGAACAUUCAGUGUAAGCUUGGACGAAUACAAUAUUGGAUGACUACUUAAAGAACAUUUAAGGUACAAAUGAAAUUCUGUUUUGACAGAAUUACCUAGAUGACUUGAUCAGAGAAGGGGAUUAUGUAUAAAUAUUCUCAUAGCACUUAAAACACCAUGCUGCUCAGAGGGAAAAAAAACCAGGAAGUAUCACUUUUCCAAAGUGAGUCAAGAGCCAUUUGUGACAUGAAUUGUGGUUUCAGAAGAUUAACCAAAAUUUAAAAAACCUUGAAGGAAUCAAUUAUUCCUGUGUGUUUGGUAUACUGUAAUACCCACUGCAGUGGGAGAAAACUGUGGACAGAGUAUCACAGUUCCUCAACUAUAAGCUCUGUUUUCUGUCACCCUCAGCAUAAGACUCCUGAGCAAAAGGAAAACAGGGGAGGGGAUUUUAAAAAGAAAAGGGAAACAAUAAUCACUGAGCAACAAUGUAUAAUAUGUUAUAUUUAAA